CUUGCAUCAGCACUGCACUGUUUAACAAUAAUUAACAUCCAAAAUAAUGAGAAUAUUUUCGAAAUGAAUCAUUAAUCGUCGCUUUCGCGAUUUCGAUUUUAGAGAUUUCCUUUUGAAGUAAAGAGAUUUUUUUUUUUAGAUUUAUUCGGAGUAAUCGUCACAAUAAUGCUGCUCCGACGCGACUGGUGUCACUAUCUCGAUAUAUUGGCAAUCGAAGAGAAGGUUAAGGUUAAGACUGAUUGAGAUUCGCCACAAAAUCAUCCGUCUGUGACUCAUUUGUACUCGUCUUAUUCUGGGAAACAUGGAUCUCGGUGUCCUUUCGCAGCUGAUCUCGCAGAGCAAGGAGCAGGUGAGACCAGCCUGCAAGAAAUGCGGCUACGCCGGGCACUUAACCUAUCAGUGCCGCAACUUCAUCAAGAUCGAUCCCAACAAGGAGAUCGUGCUGGACGUGAGCAGCACGAGCUCGGACAGUGACGAGCAUUAUGUCACCCCAUUGACGGAGCUGCGGGAGCGCGAGUUGCGGAAGAAGCUGCGGGUGGCGAGGAGAAAACGGCGGGAAAAAAAGGCCAGGAAGAAGCGUAAGAAGAAACGCGAGAGCUCAGAGAGCAGCGACAGCAAGUCCUCGUCGUCGUCCUCAUCCUCGUCAUCGUUCAGCGAGGAGGACAAGAAGCACAAAAAGGGAAAGAAGAAGAAGAGCUCCAAAAGCAAGAAACGCAAGAAGCACAAGCGGCACGACGAUGACGAUUCUGAUGGGAGCGAGGCAAAAGGUAGGCAUCAUAUGGAUGCCUCAAGGAGAGAAGACAUAAAUUCCAUCAGCAAAGGGAAACACUGAAACCUCCAAACCAACAAGCUGUUAACUCGAAUAUUGAAGAGAACGAGUAAUAUUUUCUCUAAAGAGAAGUAUCAUUUUGUGAAUUUUCAA